AUGGAACUAAAAAUAAAACCCCACCUAUCACUCCUCCUCCUCCUCCUCUCCGUGGCCAUCGCCUGGGCAGCCCCCAUCCAAAGUCCGAUUUCGACCCUCCACACCCGCCAGGAACUAGGACCAGAAGCAGAUGCAGAAGCAGAAGCAGAAGCCGAACCAGAAGCAGAAGCUCUGGACUCGCUGCUGCCAUCGCCGUUUGAUUCACCAUUGGACUUGCCGUUGCCUCCGUUGCCUAAGCCCGAGCCUCUAGAUGUCGAUAGCAUGCUUGCGAAUUCGCCGCUUAGUGACUUUUACAAAAUGAUCAAGGAGGAGGUUAAAGGUAUGACACCCGCUUGGUUUGCCCACGGGUCUCCUUGGGCUGGAGUUGGUUUGAUCGGGUUUACUGUUGGUGGUUGGGUCUUUCAUUUCGCUCGGUGA